CAGUUUCGUAGUUCGUUAUUUGAAAUGGCGAAGUGACGACGCCACAGCUGCGCAGCCCUGUAUUUAAAUACCUGUUUAUUUUCUUCGGGUGUAGUUUGCCCGUUUUGUCUGUGCGUCUCGGCUCUGAGGGAAUGAGGACGCACCGCGCUUAAUGUGGAGUUUUAAUGACAGGCCAGUAUGCUUUCCAAGAAUGACUCCACUAGUAUACAAAGAAGUGAGGAGGAUCCAGAAAAACGCCCUUUACUACAUUCCACCUCUGACAACAAAUGGAUUCUGCUGGGACUGGAAGAGCUCAAGUGUCAAGCUGGUGGUCCCAGAUGGCAAGCCUUCCGCACUAGGCUGCUGAUCAUCUUGUCAGUGGCGUGGAUGGGCAUGCUGGGUACCGCCAUUGCUAUCAUUGUGCAGAGUCUUUCGGCACCUUCACAUACCCUCGAGUGGUGGGAGACGGGAUCUUUCUACCAGUUAGAAGUUCCUGUAUUUUGUGACAGCAACAGUGACGGGAUUGGAGACCUCAAUGGUAUCCUGAUUCAGCUACCAUAUUUGCAGUCUUUAAAAGUCAAUGCUCUUCUAUUGGGGUCCCUCUACAGUCGGGAUGGAUCUGGCCAGCCUUUCAAUCUCACCAGCAUCAAUGCCACACUCGGCACCACUGAGGACUUCAAGAAGCUUCUGCUUGUGGCAAGAGGAGUGGGGAUACGGAUUUUGUUGGAUUUUUGCAAUCGGACAUGGCAGGGUGAUCCUGUGCCCGCAGAAAGCCACAGAGGGUCUGUGAUGAGCAAAGUGAAGAAUGCCCUGCAAUUUUGGUUGGAUCUAAAUGUGGCAGGAUUCAGAAUCUGUAAUGAAGACCUUCUCCUGACCAAUGAGACUUUAUUGCACUGGAGAAGAGCGCUAAAACACCACAGUCCAGACAGACAAGACGAUCAAAGGGUCCUCAUCGUCUCUGAUGUGAAUGGCCUCUUGCGAACAGAAACAACUGCUUUUCAAAAGACUAAUGGCUCACUGGCUCCUCUGCUGUACACCCAGCAGCUCCUGCCACCUUCUGUCAAAGGGUCUUCCCUGCAUGAAGCUGUGCGCCAGGCACUUCAAGGGCAGCCCACUUCCUGGCCAAUCUGGGUGGUUGGCGGGCCCGGUGUGGGCCACAUGGCCUCUCAGGUGGCCGAUCUGCAGCGUGUCUUUGCUGUCCUCUCCUUUACGUUACCUGGUCCCCACUUUAUCUACUAUGGCGAUGAGAUUGGUCUGGCAGAACUUCAGAAUGGGUUUCCCACCAAUACACCCAGCAUGAAGUGGAAGGCCCAUCAGAAAUCAGGUGUCACGGAGUCCUCAACAGGAGUCUCUUCUGAAGGUGACCAGGAUUCAGUUGAGGCUCAGCUGCACAUAAGAAAUUCCAUCUUCCAUCUCUUCCAGUCACUGGCAUCGCUUCGUCUGAGAGAGGUGGCUCUGCGCUCCUCUGAAUUCUCGCUGAUCCCCACCAAUGUCACUACUGUCCUGGCCUUCUCGCGUUCCUGGAGGUGCAGCCACUUCCUUGUGGUGCUCAACUUUGGAGAGUCGCUGACGACUGAACUCCCCGUAGGUCUGAACUCGCGGUGGGCUGUUGUGCUCAGCUCUUCCAUGAACCGCCGGGACUCCGUAUUUCCAUCAACGCUCUUCCUGGCGGCCCGUGAAGCUCUGGUCAUCAAGCUGGCGGCUAAUGAACGGGCCUGAUUGUUCACUUUCUUUCUUGUGUGGUGUCCCACAGUUGGGGAACCACACUUCACCCAACUCUUCCACGUCUUUGAGCGCUUAACCGUUUUAAAAAAAAUAAAAUAAAAAUAAAAACUCACUUUUUAGCUUAAAUGUAAGGCAUGAUGGGGGCUGGCCGGGAUUUUUGUUCCUCUUUGUUCUGUUUGUAAAUUUGUGUUUAGGCUUUGACUUGAUUAGAAGUGCUGGAUAUCAAGUCGGUCCCCUCACGCCAGUUAAUGAGGGUCCACUGGGUUUCUUUUGCUUCUUUCCGCUGUUUGUUUUAUCUGCAUGUGCCGUGAGGUGGGGUUGUGUGUGUGUGUGUUUUAUAAAAAGAGGUGCUUUUUGUAAGGAAUUUUUACUGUUGCUUUAACUUGUGACACCGCACCCUUAACGCAACAAGCAGAAAAAAAUUAAAAACUGUAUAUAUGUAUGUAUAUAUUGCAGAAAUUUUGAAUGUAAUGCA